CUGGACUAACUCUUUCCCCUGCUCACUGGUUGCUUUAAUCCUACUGAAGCAUGAUGCUCUACAAGAUUCUGGUGAUCUCUGUCCUGUGUGCUCUGGCUGUGGCUUUUCCCAGUUUGGACAUAGAAGAAACCACCUAUGACCCACUAGACCCAUUCAGUGAAGAACCAUUAAAUUCAACUGUUGACUAUGAAGAACUACAGGAUUCAAUGAGUGGCCCACUAAAAACAGCCGGUAACCUACCACCACCAGUUGAGAAAGUGAUAAGAGCUCUAAAAAAUGACACAGACAAUGAUUUAACCACUGACUUUAACCCGACCUUGGACCUCACACCAACCACAGAAGCAUAUUAUGAAAGCACACAGAUUUUUGUGUCCUUUCCUGAUGCUGAGACAGACUCCCCCAGCUUUCUGGAAGAAUCCAGUGAGGCCUCAGACCCGAUCCCUGCCUCCACUGGAAAUCUUAAAACAUAAGUCUGAGAUACUCCCAGCAAAGAAGAAAGAGCAAGAAAGAAGGGGUCCUGGAUGAAGACUGAUGUGUCAGGCAUUUAUGAGCUCUGCCCUUACCUUGUGUGGGCUUAAUAAAUAAAUGUUGAUUAGAA